AUGCUUAGUAAUUUGCCUCCACCUCUAAGCAAUGAAGUCAGGGAUUUAAUGCUGAACCCUAUGGAACCAGUUUCGUAUUCAUCUAUUAAAGAAGAAAUAUUGAAGCGUACGUCAAGUUCUAAGCAAAAAGAAUUCGCAAAAUUAUUUAACAACGAAGAACUGGGUAGUAAAAAACCCACACAACUUCUACGAAGGAUGAACGAACUUCUGGGGAACCAGCAAAUAGAGGAAUCGUACCUCAAAGAGGUAUUUUUCAAUAAGCUGCCGUAUAAAACCCAAACUUUGCUCUCGGCCGUAAAAAAACAGAAUUCAAUUCAACAGUUGGCAGAUUUAGCAGACGGUAUUUUGGAGUUAUCGUCCAAAGAAACUAUUAGUGCGAUUCCAUCUAUUUCGAGUGAAACACAAGAGUUAAAAAAAUGUUACGAAAAACAAUUCGACGUAUUAACGAAGAAAAUAGAGAGUUUGCAACUUGAGAGAAACAGUCGCUCCGAUCAACAAAAAAAUUCAAGAUGGCGCUGGAGGUCGAGGAGCCCUAGUUUGAAAAGAAACUAUGUUGGUACAAUGAUGGUGACGACGGCGGCGGAGAUAGAAGGCUUUCUGUGGUGA